GUUGUCAGGUGACAUUUUUUGUCCUGACACGCCCCAGUACACCUGAGGCAGCAGUUACCAACGGCAGACGCCAUUGCACGACGCAAGGGAAAACACCGUGACCAUGAUGGCUCACAGACAACAUGUCCCCCUGGUGCCGUUGUGUCUCCUGUUCCUGCUCCUCUGUCCCACCACCGGUGCAGACGACUGUACCUGCAGCUCUCAGUACUUCUGCAACUGCAACAGUCAGAACCUGACGGGGGUCCCCCAGUCCCUCAACUCCUUCCUCACCAUCCUCGGCCUCGGAAACAACCGCAUCACCACGCUCGACAGCGACGCAUUGAACAGGUAUCAACAGCUGGAACACCUGUACCUGUACGGCAACCGCAUGACCACCAUCUCCACCGGAGCCUUCAGAAACUUGGAGAAACUGUUCGAACUCGAACUUGAGAAUAAUGAGCUUGUUGUUCUUAGAGCAGGGGUGUUUCAAGGGCUUGGCAACUUGCAUACGUUAGAGUUAAACAUCAACAAGCUCAGAACAAUUGAAGCAGGUGUGUUUAGCUCCCUGGGCUCUCUUGUUGUGCUGUACUUACACUACAAUGAGCUCCAGGUCCUAACACCGGAGAUGUUUCAGGGACUGGGGAACCUACAACAGCUUCAUCUAUACAACAACCUCAUCACAACCGUGCAUCCCAGGACAUUUUCCCACAUGACCAAGCUGCAGUACCUCUACCUCUUCUUCAACAAGAUUCACACCUUUGAUCUUAGCAGUGUCUCUGGGCUGACUAGUCUCCGCAGAAUUUCCCUCUACAACAACAACUUGACUUCAGUUCCGCAAGGCAAUACCGCACCGCACCUACCCGGCAUAACACACUUCAACAUGCUCACAAACAAGGUUACAGAAAUUUCUGCACACUCCUUCUCUGGAUUUGACAAUCUGCAGUACUUGAGGCUUUCAUACAACAAGAUAAGUGUAAUCCAUGAGGAUGCUUUCAACAACCUUCGCAACUUAAGAGAAAUCUACCUAAAUGGAAACAGUCUCAGAUUGCUAGACGGACAGAUCUUUUCCGGGCUUGGAAGUCUCCGUAUGCUGUCCCUUGAACAGAAUGAAAUAGAAUUCAUCUCACCCGACGCCUUAGCAGGACUGACAACACUUGACCACCUGAAGCUAGAAGACAACAAGCUGAAGGUUUUUCCUGAUGAACCCAUAUCGGGGCUACAAGUGUCCAACCUGUACUUGCAGAGAAACCUCCUGUCAAGUCUGUCAGACAUGUCCUACCGUAUCCUGGACCGUACGUCCAGGGUGAUUCUUCAUCAGAACCCCUGGAAAUGUGACUGUAGGAUGAUCGACUUUCGCAGGCUUAUGAGAGGCCGGUCCUUUGAGGACCAGAUCGUCUGUGACAGCCCUGUUGAGCUGCAUGGAAGCAAGCUGAAAGAUGUACCAGCUGGAGAACUUACCUGUUUAAUCCCUUUGAUAACCUGGUUUGAAGUUACAAACAGUGGCCCUAUGAAAGAAGGCGACACCUUGAGUCUGGUUUGCGAAGUCUGGGGCUACAAGAACCCAGAAAUAGUCCUCCAGCUACCGAAUGGGAAACAAGUAUCCUCAACACUGAGGCAAAGCCAGGGAAGAGUACAAGUCCUGCCCAAUGGAACUAUCACAAUAUACGACAUCACACAGGAAGACUCUGGGACGUAUGUCUGCAUUGCCAAUGGCAUUGGAUCUACAGAAAGGUCACUGUACAUUCCUGAAAUACAGCCCAAGCCCGCGUCACAAGUUUCACUCAAUACAGUCCACAUGAGCAAGUUAGCUGGGGGCAUCCUUGGAGCCAUUGCUGCAGUGGCAAUUCUGGCCCUUCUGGCUGGCACAGUCUGGUACAAGAGGAGGAGGACACAGGCAGAUGAACAGGUGUUGGUAGACAAUGUACAGGUGAACGAGACACCUGAAGCUGCAGGUGAGACAUCAGUGAAUGUGGGAGACACAACAGAAAACACCACAACUGAGAGCGAGAGCCGUGCAUGACAAGACUUUUAGCACAUGAAAGAUGUGACUUGUCAAUGAAGGUUAGGAAUCCAGGUAAUGAGAUACACAAGGAAAAAGUUACUCAAGCAACUGGAUACAUUUUGGAAACUGUCAAGAUGUUUCAAGUAGCAACUGCUACUUUUCAUCAGGAACAAAUGGAAUCUGUAGUGGAACUGGUAUUCAUCCAAAAACUAUGAAUUGAUAUGUAAAUGAGGUGAAGACAAACUGGUGAUUGUUUUGAAUUUGAAAAAAGUAUAAAAAUCAUGAAUCAAAGGAGGUUAAUCACAGCAUUUAACGUUCAUUUCUCUCAUAUUGUGCAAUUUGCAAAGUUACACACAUUGUACAUUAACACUAAUCCUGUUGAAUUCUGUUGUAACCACAGGGGAGCUUUUAUGCAGAGUUGUAACCAAUAUGUAAAUUUGGAGCACAGAUGUAACAUAAUUACCCAGGAGACCGUUAAACUGACCAUAGCUAUGCAAGUUCAGUGUUGCCUUCUACAAUAUAUCAAAUAGGGAGUAUAUAUCUUGAAAAUCUGUAUGAUAGCAUGUGUAAUUCUAUUGAAAUAUGCUGCCACAGUGAUAGUUAUAAUUGUUAUGCCAAAGACAGAAUUUGUACUCGACUAGCAGUUAAACGGUCCAUAAUGUAACUAGACUAUGGUGUACAUACUUAUGUUUGCUGCUGCCAUCAUGAAUAACAGUUUUGAUGAUUAGCUAUCUUCAGAUU